AUGGAGGGGCGACCUGUCUUUAAACUAGAGCUCUCAGAAGCCGAAGCUCUCCGUCGGCUUCCAAAUGAACUACAAGAGCAACUACGAAAUGCAUCUGGAUCGCAAUACUUGGAUGCGCUUGCCCUGGCAGCACUCCAGCCUGGGAAUACAGAAUGCAUUUUUGCAACAUACAAUGCUCUGAUUGUCGACUUAGCCUCCAGAUGGCUGGACUUAGAUUCUGAACAUCAUUAUUUGAAUAUCCUUUCAGCAUUUUCACGAAUUUUGCCUUUUGCGCCGCAUCUUCGAUCCUUUGCUCGCAAAUAUGCACAAACACACUCAGAAUCCUUCAGCGGUUCUAUACUCAACUUUGACGACACAACGAUACGAAGCGCUUUAUUAUGUAUAUUUCGUCUUUCAUCCUUCGACGUCGAAUCUUUCUCCAGCGUUGUCUCACCAAUACAACUCCAAUCCCUCUUCCAACAUCCAGACAACUCUGUGCGUUAUUUGGCGGUUCGAUGCUUCUGUUAUUAUAUGCGAGCCGGGGACGCAGCAACACAACAGAUGGUUACAACGCAUAUUAGUUGUGGAGCUAUUGAGGGCCCUUGGGAAAAUACCGUGAUUGACUACAGACUGCUUGGUUUGUGGGAGGAGCGCCGGUGGCAGUUUCUCCAGACCGAACUGCACACGAAGCAAACCACAUCCAUCGCGGAUAUAGAAUCGAAUUUAGUGGAACUGUACAGGGACAGUUUCAGCCACCGCACAGCUAAUCUUGGUGGAGUUUUAGUUCCCAAAGUGCGAUGGGACAUCCCUGUUCCCGAAAGCAGUCUGGUUAAGACCGAGACAGUCACGAACAAUCUCAGGAGCGUAGCAAAUGCGCUACUCGAACAAAAACCACUACUUCUUGUCGGAUUACCCAAUUCAGGAAAGACUUCUUUGGUCAAUGACAUAGCCAAAAUCAUGGGCCAGGGACCAUCCAUGGUAACACUUCAUCUGAAUGAACAAACUGACGCAAAGAGUUUGCUCGGGAUGUACGCGACAUCGUCUUUGACCGGCACAUUUUCGUGGCAGCCCGGUGUUCUGACCAAAGCAGCCAAAGAGGGUCGCUGGAUUUUGAUAGAGGAUCUAGACCGAGCGCCCUCAGAGGUUAUUGGCCUUAUGCUACCGGUUAUUGAAAAAGGAGAGUUGAUUAUCCCAAGUCGAAAAGAGAGAAUCAAAUGCGCCGAUGGAUUCAGAAUAAUUGCCACCAUGAAGUCUUCACUCAACAGCAAAGGCGAAGAGGUUGCUCCAAGCCAUGGUCUUCUUGGAGCCAGGUUGUGGAAUAAGAUACAGAUCAAUUCGUUGCCUUUGAGCGAAGUCCGUCAGGUUCUAAUCGAGAAAUACCCAUUGCUUUCAACCCGGGUUCCCACCUUAAUCGACAUUUAUGACAGAUUGUGCUCUGCCUUCCACAGCAGUUUAGCCGCUAGGUCUGCUCAAGGAAGGACGCCUGGAUUACGAGACUUGAUCAAAUUAUGCAACCGGCUGCACAAACGACUUCUCCGUCUCGGAGUGACGACAGGGAACGAGGCAACACCUGAGAGUUUUCAGGAUGAGAUAUUCCUUGACACCGUGGAUGCGUUCAUUCGUUACCUGCCUGAUCGAGAUUUCGGGCACAGGCUUAGCUCCAUCAUCGCCGAGGCACUUCAAUUGUCUCCUCAAAGAGCCGAUUAUUGCUUGCAAGAGCGGACUCCUCCCUAUGCCGAUCACGAGGACAGAUUUUCCGUUGGCAGAGAAGUUUGCAUGAAAAUGAAAGUCACAAAGACAACAAAAGCUCGAUUCAACAAGUUAUCGGCUCGCUUCGCCCCAACAAGAGCUGCCCUGAAGACAAUGGAACAGAUUGCAGUUGCUGUGCAGGUGUCUGAACCAGUGCUACUUGUUGGAGAAACGGGUAUCGGUAAAACAGCCGUCAUUCAGCAAUUAGCAAAUUUGACCUGCCAAAAGUUGACUGUGGUCAAUCUUUCUCAACAGAGCGAAAGUACGGAUCUUCUGGGAGGGUUUCGGCCCGUCAAUUUGCGCUCGAUGGCGAUUCCAUUGUUGGACGAAUUCAAUCAGCUGUUUGAAUCAACAUUCUCUGCCAAAAAGAACCAGAAAUUCUUGUCUUCUGUCACCAAGAGCUUAACAACUGGGAAUUGGCCACGUCUCGUUAAUCUCUGGCAUGAGGCCGUCCGCAUGGCUGACAGUGUCUUCCGUGUCCCCAAAGAAUCCGAACAAAAUUCCGAAGAACAACCGGCCAAGAAACGGAAGCUGGACUCCCCAAAGUAUACUGCGCUGAGGGAUAAGUGGGAAGGCUUUAAAAUUCAGUUAAGUGACUUUGAAGCUCAGGCAAGCAGGGGUGAUUCGAAGUUUGCUUUUGCCUUCGUUCAAGGAAAGAUUGUUCGGGCCCUUCGGAAUGGAGAGUGGGUGUUGCUAGACGAGAUUAAUUUAGCAACUCCAGAUAUCCUAGAAAAUAUCGCGAGCUUAUUACACCACGGUGACGAAGGGUUGCCUUCUGUUCUGUUAUCCGAAGCUGGAGAUGUGGAACGUGUGUAUGGUCAUCCUGAUUUCAGAAUAUUUGGCGCUAUGAACCCCGCUACGGAUGCUGGGAAAAGAGAUUUGGCUCCUGGAUUGCGUUCGAGAUUUACAGAAAUUUAUGUCCACUCUCCGGAUGUUGAUUUUGACGACUUACUUGGGCUGAUACAAACCUAUCUAGGCAAUCUAGUCCAGAGCGAUCUCCGCCUUGCUUCUGACAUCGCUAGUCUUUAUCUUGCUACCAAGAAACUUACUCUUGAAAACAAAUUGACCGAUGGUGCGGGUCAAAAACCUCAUUUCAGUAUUCGUACGCUGGUGCGUACAUUGGUCUACAUAACAGACCAUGUGCAUAGUUAUGGUCUUCGGCGAGCGGCUUACGAAGGUUUCUGCAUGAGCUUCUUGACCCUUCUCAGUCAGGAAUCAGAGAAGCUAGUUGUGCCAUUGAUUGAAAAGCAUAUAUUUGGUUCUACCAAACACGCAAAAUCGUUACUUGGUCAACUUCCUAGAGCUCCAGAAGACGGCAGCGAGUAUGUGCAAUUCAAGCAUUACUGGAUGAAGAAGGGCCCCUUUACCGCAGAGAAACAACCGCAUUAUAUCAUCACCCCUUUCAUCGAGAAGAACCUGAAGAACUUACUUCGUGCAAGUUCAACCCGCCGAUUUCCUAUUCUUCUUCAAGGUCCUACUUCGUCUGGUAAAACUAGUAUGGUCGAGUACCUCGCAAAAGUCUCUGGCAACAAAUUCGUCCGCAUCAACAAUCAUGAGCACACUGACUUGCAAGAGUACCUUGGCUCCUAUGUGUCAACAGACGAUGGGUCUUUGAAGUAUCAGGAAGGUGUACUUGUGGAAGCCCUUAGAAACGGCUACUGGAUUGUGCUUGACGAGCUUAACUUGGCGCCUUCGGAUGUUUUGGAAGCACUCAACCGACUUCUGGACGACAAUCGAGAACUUUUCUUACCUGAGACGCAAGAAGUCAUUCAACCGCACCCGAAUUUCAUGCUUUUUGCUACUCAGAAUCCGGCUGGUCUCUAUGGUGGACGUAAAGUUCUUUCCAGGGCGUUCAGGAACCGUUUUCUCGAGUUACAUUUCGACGACAUUCCAGAAGAUGAAUUGGAGUAUAUUCUCAAGGAAAGGACGCAGAUUGCGCCAUCUUUCUGUUCUAGGAUCGUAUCUGUUUACAAAAAGCUUUCGGUCCUGAGACAGUCCACUCGUCUGUUCGAACAGAAGAACAGUUUCGCAACGCUUCGUGAUCUUUUCAGAUGGGCACUACGUCAAGCAGAUGACCGUGAAACGUUGGCGAUCAACGGCUUCAUGCUUCUUGCCGAGAGAGUACGAAACUCCGCUGAACGAGGGGCUGUGAAGAAAGUUAUAGAAGAUGUCAUGAAGGUAAAGAUUGAUGAAGAUGCCAUUUACAGUCUGGCUGAACUCGAAAGAAGGGCGGAAGGCAAAACUUCUUUGUCACAAAAUAUUGUCUGGACCAAGGCUAUGAGAAGAGUAUUUGUUCUUGUUUCUGAAGCUCUUCGAAACAAUGAGCCUGUCCUCUUGGUUGGAGAAACCGGUUGUGGAAAGACUCAGAUUUGCCAGGCAGUUGCUGAGAUUUACGGCAAGGAAAUGUACAUUGUCAAUGCUCAUGUCAAUCUUGAGACUGGUGACAUAGUUGGUGCGCAAAGGCCUCUGCGAAAUCGGUCUGCUAUAGAACGACAAUUGUGUGAUGAUCUCGCAAGCGUCAUAUCAACAUUACCGGAUGCUGAGAUCGACCAGUCGUCGAAGAGCUUAGAUAAUCUCAAAGCUGCAUUCGCUCAGUUGACUCCUGAAAUGCUUGAGACUGUGCCUUCCGAGCUACUACAUCGCAUCAAGACAAACAUCACAAGAUCCCAGGCCCUUUUCGAGUGGUCUGAUGGAAGCCUUAUCACAGCCAUGAAGACUGGUCAAUAUUUCCUCCUGGAUGAGGUAUCUCUUGCUGAUGACUCUGUUCUUGAAAGACUCAACAGUGUUCUCGAGCCUCAUAGAUCACUCUUGCUAGCUGAAAAGGGCCCCAUCGACUCUCUCGUAGUGGCACAAGACGGCUAUCAAUUCCUUUCCACCAUGAAUCCCGGAGGAGACUAUGGUAAGAGAGAACUAUCAGCUGCACUCAGGAAUCGUAUGACGGAGAUAUGGGUCCCUCAACUUUCAGAAGAAGAAGAUAUCCUGCCAAUCUUGAAGGAUAAGUUACACUCUAUGAAUGAGAUGAAAACCAAGGCCAUGCUUCAAUUUGCAAAAUGGUUUAAGCAAACGUUCCAAGGGUCGUCUACUUCUUCUUUAUCCAUCCGUGACCUGCUUGGAUGGGUCGAGUUCAUUAACAAGUGCCCACCGUCAAAUCCAGAUUUCGCUAUCGUUCAAGGUGCAGCCAUGGUCUACAUUGACACGCUGGGUGCCAACCCAUCGGCAAUGCUGUCCACUUCAAUGGAUAGUGUCGCCCAGAGUCGUCAACUGUGUCUCGAGAGAUUGGGUUCUUUGCUGGGAAUCAACGCUGUGCAAAUAUACAAUGAAAAAGCCGCAGUCACCACACAAGACGGUUAUCUAUGUGUCGGUCCUUUCAGAUUACCAGUUUCUGCGGAUUCGGCUCCAGACCCAGAUUUUGUCAUGGACGCACCGACUACAAUUGCCAAUUCCGUGCGAAUUGCCCGUGGCCUACAGACAUCAAAGCCUAUCCUGCUUGAGGGUAGUCCUGGUGUCGGAAAGACAACAUUGGUUGCAUCGCUGGCUCGUGCUCUUGGAAAACCACUCACUAGGAUCAACUUGUCAGAUCAAACUGACCUCACUGACCUCUUUGGCUCGGACGUACCUGUUGAAGGCGGCGAUGCUGGUCAGUUUGCUUGGCGAGAUGCGCCAUUUCUACAAGCAAUGCAGAAGGGAGACUGGGUUCUUCUUGAUGAGAUGAAUCUUGCUUCUCAAUCCGUGCUGGAAGGUCUCAACUCAUGUCUUGAUCAUCGUCAGCAGGUGUAUGUGGCUGAACUUGACCAGACAUUCAAGAGACACCCUGAUUUUGUCCUGUUUGCGGCACAAAACCCUCACCAUCAAGGUGGUGGCAGGAAAGGUCUCCCCGCAUCCUUUGUCAAUCGAUUCACUGUUGUGUACGCGGAUUCAUUCAGCGAUACUGAUCUGAAUAGUAUCUGCUCGAAACUAUUUCCAAGAAUCCCUUCCGAUCAGACAUCCAAGAUGGUUGAAUUCAUGUCAAAGCUGAACUGGGCCAUUGACCAUGAUCGGGAAUUUGCCAAUAUCGGAGGUCCUUGGGAGCUCAAUCUUCGUGAUAUUAUUCGAUGGUUCCAGCUUUCUGAUCGUGGAAACGUGCACAUACCAAGUGGAUACUUCCUUGAGAAUAUCAUCAGUCACAGGUUUCGCACGGAAAAAGACCGCUCCCUUAUAUCUUCAGUCUUCGAGCAGUCUUUCAAGAUUCCCGCUCCAGAGAAGUCCUACUAUCAUAACUUGACGGCCGAGAAGUUCCAGGUUGGGCUUGCGGCAAUGCCCAGAAGACAACUCGAGCAGAAUACCACGGAUUCAGAUAUCAAGAUACUCCCUGCUCACCUUCCAAUCCUCGAGUCUCUUAUUUUCUGUAUUGAACGAGCCUGGCCAAGUAUCCUCGUGGGACCUUCAGGUUGUGGUAAAACAACAACAAUCCGCACACUCGCAUCUAUACAGGGAGCCGAGCUUGUGGAGUUAGCGUUGAGUGCUGAUACAGACACUAUGGAUUUGAUCGGUGGUUUCGAACAGAUUGACUACCGCAGACAAACUCAAUCAUUAGCCAAGGAUGUGGUGAAUUUUAUACACCGCCAAAUUAUCAGCUCCGUCACAUCUGAGUCUACCUCGAGUGGGAUUUCAGACCUGCUUGAAAUCUACCGUGUUUGCAGCCAUUCCGAUAUCAACACAGAAACACUUGCGAAUGCCAUUAACGCUCUCCAGACUCGUUUUGAUGGUCCAACAUUCAACAAUCUCGCCCAACGAUGCACUGCGUUGGUACAGACUUCCAAGGACGCACACAAAGUGGGUUUCGAGUGGACGGAAGGAGCUUUAACUGAGGCCAUCCAACUUGGUCACUGGGUUGUGCUUGAUAAUGCAAACCUUUGCAACGCAUCUGUCCUCGAUCGAUUGAACUCUUUGAUGGAACCAAAUGGAUACUUGGUAUUGAACGAACAACGCACGGAAGACGGUUCUGCUCGAAUGAUUGUUCCGCAUCCCAAUUUCAGGCUGUUCCUUACUAUGGACCCUAGAAAUGGAGAAUUGUCUCGAGCCAUGCGUAAUCGAUCUGUGGAAGUCUGCUUCCUGUCAGAAUUCCCAGUCGCUGCAUCUGCCAAACAUACGCCCUCCUUUACGCUUGAGUCGGCAUUGUACCGCCUACGCUAUGUUUGGAACUCUGGUGCCGAGUCAGAAGCAUUUGUUGCAGAUCAGUCAUUUGGCAUUCGUCUGGACCACGUUGAGAUGUCUGAUCUUUCCAGCUUUUACCAUUCACUUCGACAAUUGGCUGUCUCCAUCCCUGUAGUGGAACAGUCGAAUGCCGCUAUGGAAGUUCUUGAGCGUUAUGCCAAGUUGGUCGAAGACAACUCACAAUGGAAAGUCCUUUCUUCUUUGAGUCUUGAGGCUGGUGGGCAGGGAGCUGAACUUGUGCACCCUCUUAUCAACGAGCCAAAACUGUUAUUGCAUUCAAACAUUGCCGAUCGAACAAUACUCAUUUCUCGAUUGCAAGAUAUCAAACUGAGUUUGCAUAAAUUACAACAGCGUCUGGCUCAUUCGCAUCAAAACUCGCAACAUCUCAAACCCUCCCAGAUGACAAGAUUGGAACGUUCUUUUGCUUCAAGUAGGAUAUCAAGCCUGAUGAAAGAUGACACCCAGGCAGUGAGCUCUUUCUUGACAGACUUUAUUCGAGUGUCAUACGAUUUUAUUCAAGGGCUUGAUAGCGAUGAUGAGGUGGUCAAUGAUGCAGUUUCCGCGCUUAAAGGUUUCACCAGAUUCUGCUGGGAUAUUUACGCUGUCACGCAAGUCAAAGAGCUCGAUGAAGGCGUGUUUCAAAUCUACCUGCAGAUAGGCCAGCAAAUCUUGUCGUCCGCCGCCGAAAGUCAAUCUGCUCUUUCUACGUUGUUCUCUUCUUUAGCCCAGCUUCUCAGUCGCUUCAGGUCAACGUGGGCAUUGAGAACAGGAUUGAGCAUGCGAAGGAUCUGGGAUGCUUGGAGACCGGUCACUUGCACGGAUAUCGAACAGUUGAACUCGCUUCUUGAUCUGGAAGGUGUGGUUUCUGAGUUCAAUAAGAUCGCGCUUCAGACACGAUUAAACAUUUCUCAGCUCGGACUAGUCCGGAAAUCGCUGAUUGAAGCGCAGAAUGCAAUGCUCCUCAACAACGCGGAUGGCAAGCUUUUGGUACCGAGUCUGAAGCAGCAAGUCACGGAGCUGGUCUCUGCAACCCAAUUAUACUCAUCAGCCCAACCGCCACAUUUCUUGCAGGUCUUUGAGAGUAUGUGCGAGUACCACGAUCUGCCAAUGCUCUGGAACGAGAGCCAAGUCCAACGGCAUAGACAUUUGAAUGAAACACUUCCUCUACUUGCCGGUAGACCAGCGUACUCUACACUGCCGUUCAACAAGAAAUCUCCGGUUUCUGCUAUCCUACACAGGCUAGCUCUCUACAAUGGCUCUGAAACAUCGGCAGUUGCUGUUUCGCCCUGGUCAGGACUCUUCUCAGUUGAUCUGUUACAACAUGUGCAACGCACCGGUGAAGUUCUUCUUGGACGACUCGAUUUCUUUCAGAGCGAGCUUCAUGCAUUGGUUGAAGCGGUGACGUAUAGUUCUCGCGAGAUAGCUCUGUCUCAGAGUUUGCUACUCGCAAGGGUGUUUGCUUGUGUGAUAUUGGAGAUUGUUUCUCUUCAUCAAGAUUUCUUGAAUACAAUCAUUCUUGAGGAAGUUGUCACUGUGCUGCAUACAAUCCAGAACACUGGUACAUUCCACGGCUUAGUGCCUCAACUUGAGCCUGCAAUCGACCUACCGCCAAACCAUUUCUUCAGACAGUUCGUUGAAGAUCUUUCAAGAUGCAUUCAGACGCUUGCAAACGUUCAAGACAACUCAUCUGUGAAUAUCCUAUACGAAUUGGGCUAUGUUUGCGUCCAACUCUCAGUGAUCUGUCUCCGUCUCUUUGUCCCAGACAAGCCUUAUGACCCUUCGCUGGGUCUAGUGGUUGAAAGACAACGUCACGCUGACCAAGUGCGGCAAUUGACCACGGAAGACGAAGCUCUGGCCACUUUUGAGAAGGAGUUUUCCGGUCAAACUUCCAAUCUGCGUCGCCGUUUGAUCAAGGAAGAGUUGAAAAGACUAGGCUCAACUCCGCCUGCUUCUCCUGUCAGUCGCCCAGCCAAAUCACGACUCAUGGAAUUGCACGGCGAGUUUAUGAAUCUGCACAACUCAGUGCUGAGUAGGAAUCCGGAAACAUUUGGUGCCGCCGAGUUCAAACAAUACGGAAACCUUUUGAAAGACAACAUCCGUCUCAUUUGCGCUCGUCUUCGGACCAACUUUAGAACUUACGACGACAUCACGGUUUUAGUCACUCAAUUCCUCACAAUGCUUGAUUUGGGAGCGUCGCUUUGUCUUGGCGCAGCCAACAAAAGCCCGUCUAAAAUAUCCAAGAUUAUCACCCAGUCCACCCCUUUCAUUGGCGGUAAGACACAUGCUGCAACAAUAACCACAGCUAGCUCGUCGAAGAACCAAAUCAAAGUGCAGAUUCAUCAACUUUCGUCACUUGUUCUCCAUCAUGGUGCCGACUCGUCUAGUCUAGCGCCAGAAGCUGGUCUGUCAAGUCUUAAGGACAUAUUCCAAUCUCUUCAUUAUAUUUGGAAAACACAACUCGUCGAAGACCAGAAGGAGGCUGCAGAAAAAUCUUCAACAUAUCGCUACAAAGGGUCAUUUGAGGAUAGUGAGGAAGUCGAUGAAGCAGAGCUCCGUGAGCUGUUCCCUGUCUAUGAAGGUAACGAGCAGGAAGAAUCGGAAAAGUCUCGAAUGGAUAUCACUUCGAUUUCUCUCAAGUUGACCGAACUGCAUGCAGCCAUCUUUUCACCUGGAGAUAUUGAAGCAAAUCUGAGACAGUUCAUUGUUGAAUCUACUCGUCUGCUUGGAUCUUUGAGCAGCGGAGAAGAGUCAUCUGCAGCGCCAAAAUCUUACCUCCCCGGUAUCCUGCUGGUACUGAAAGACGAAUUGAAAUCUUACGAGAACGUUUCUCCAAGACAUUACAACUUCUACUUGGAUGCGAACAUUGCAGAGGCCAAACGUCUUGUGUCGCUUGUGCUUUUCGUGCGAACUCGAUUUGUCCAGCUACAAGCAGCAUGGCCUGAUCAUGCAGCUAUUCAUGAUGUUUUGGUCUGUUGUCAAGAGAUCUUGCAAUUCAAACACUUGGAACCUGUUGCCAAGUAUAUCACCAAGUUGGAGAAGCUACAUGGUCUCGUUCAUGAGUGGCAACUGGUAGCUAGCAAAGAGUACUCAGCUGCCACAUUGUAUGAUGAGAUCACGGCUCUGACCAUUAGCUGGAGACGUCUUGAACUGUCAACAUGGGCAAAACUGCUAGACUUAGAGUUCGAAAAGUGUGAGCAAGCCGUCUCCACCUGGUGGUUCGUGGCAUACGAGGCAUUCAUUGCUCUGCCCUUACAAAAGGCCGAGAAUGGUGAAGAUCUCAAGGAUUAUACGACCGAAGCCCUUCAUACUCUCGAAACAUUCCUCAAGUCUACAACAAUUGGCCAAUUUAAUGCACGUCUGAGACUGAUUGAGCAGUUUAGAUCACUAUUACUGCUAUUUACGAAACAUAACUCAGCCUUGAGCUGCAUUGUCUCGGCUCUGGAAAACUUCUUGCACCAUUACAGACCGUAUGGGCCCGUCGUCAACAAGACAUUGGAAGAGAAAAGGAAGUCUCUUGACAGGGACGUCAAAGAGCAGAUUCAACUUGCCAGUUGGAAAGAUACAAAUAUCACGGCCCUUCGUGAGAGUGCUCGACGGUCGCAUUACAAGCUGUUCAAGUAUGUUCGAAAGUACAGAGAAUUCCUUGCUCAACCCACCGACCCGAUACUUCAACAAGGUAUGCCAGAAUUGCAAAAGCAGACAGUGGAUAGUCAACCUGCCAAGCCUCUUUCAAUCAUUCUGUGGGACUCAUCGGAGGCUCUUACGGUUUGCGAACAGUCUGAUCUUAUCUGGGCCAACCGAGCUCCUAGGUUCAAAGAUCCGUCAACUACUGCUGCCAAUAUGUUGAGAGUCUACACGUCCUCAUUGUCCGAUUUGGAUAUCCCUUCGCAACUGAGUAGCUUCGUCGCAGACGUACUAGAGACUGUCAAGUCUUUCAAGUCUGAGACCCCAGGCACCACUUUAACAGAAGACAACAAGGAUGAUCUGCAGCACCUCAAGACUCAGAAACGUCGCUUUUAUGCUGAAACACUCCGUCAACUUCAUUUUAUGGGCAUACGACGAAAUGUGAGCACUGUGUUCAUCGAAGAGCAAGCCACUGUCAAUCAAGUCCUUGCUACCACGCCCAACAUCAUAGUUGAACAUGGGCCAGCCGCUGAUGUUGCUCAAAGUGCAGACUCUUACUUCCACAGAUUCCUUGAUGUACUCCCAAAUGUUAGGAAGUACUCCCGUGAAUACAACGAGGAUUUGAACCCGACUGAAGUCACAAGAAGUAUUGGGUCUGCCGAGGGUUUCUUGGUGUUGAUCAGAAAGCAAAGAGAAUCUCUCGCCCCCGCUAUCAAACACCUAGUAGAUCUCAAAUCUACAUCUACUAGUAUGAAGGUUAUCUGGACUCACGGGGCUUCGCAUCUCAGACAGGACAAUCAAUCGGGCCUUGUUGAAAGAGAAACAGCAUUCAAACGUGUUUCUUGGCUGAUUCCUCUUCUUGGAGUUGGAAAAGAGAUUGUGGAAAUCCAUUCCUUGUACUCGGGUUCACCCAGUGUUGCUGGCACCUUUGGCGUAUGGAGAGAUACACUUGCACGUCUCAAGAGCGAUAUUGCGCGACUGCCACAUCUCCCUGAAGGAAUCACAUCUCAAGUCACAAUUGAUACAGGGUGUGAGGUCAUGCAGAACUUUGCACAACUCAAUUCCGAGUUCACAGCCCUCAUCGAAGAGCGGCCUGAUCUGGAAUUUGUCCUCGAGCAAGUUAUUUCUUGGCUAGAGAUUCCUGUUCCUACUGAUGCGUCAUCCACAGACAGUGAUUUGAUAAUUGAGAAUCUGAACGGUCAUUAUCUCUCCGCAGUUGACAAGAUCUUGGUUGCACUACAAGGACUCAAGGGCUCUUUAACCUCUCUACCAUCCGAUAUGGAGGACAAAGACUGGCUCUCUCGGACAGAUUCUUCGUUGUCGAAGACUCUCAGAGAUCUACAUAUCGCGGAAAUUACAGCAUCCUUGAACUCCGUUCUCGAAAAACUUCACUCUCUGCAGGACGCUGAUUCCAAUUUGCCUCUCGCCAGCGCCAUCAUAGCGGGACUCCUACCAAUAACAGAGCAAUAUUACAAUAUCUGUGAGGACAUGAUUGGCCGUUUUCUUGGAGUUCACAGAGAAGUUUGCAAGAUGUCCUAUGUACUCUCCAAAUCAUUCACGCAGAUCGCGUCGGAGGGCUUCUGCAGUCCUCGUGAAGCCUCCUCUACUGAGGAAAGUGGAUCUGGUAAGGUCGAAUCUGGUACGGGUCUAGGUGACGGCGAAGGAGCCGAGGAUAUUAGCAAAGAUAUUCAAGAUGAUGAAGAUCUAUCCGAGCUCGCGCAGGAAAAGAACCAGGAGAAAUCAAAGGAUGAUGUUGAAAAGUCUGAAGAUGCUGUGAACAUGGAUCAGGAAGAUCUUGAAGGCGACUUCGACGAUGAACAGAAGGAAGAAGAAGGUGAAGACAAGGAAGAUGGGUCAGAUGAAGAAGAAGGGGAUGAUGAAAUCGAUGAAGAAGUAGGCAGCGUCAAUGAUCUUGACCCUAAUGCCGUUGAUGAAAAGUUAUGGGACGGUGCGCAUGACGAGCAGCAGAAGGAGACAGAAAACGAAGAAGGUAAAGGACAAACCGAAAGUGAUGAGCAGGCCGCAGCCAAUGACAAGAAGGAGCAAGACCUGAAAGACCAGGAAGAGAAGGACGAUGAAGAGUCAAUGGAGGGAGAGGAAGGAGAGGAAGGAGAAGAAGCUCCUGAAGACGAGGAAGAAACGGGUGGUAGAGAAGAGCUUGAUGUCACUGAUCCACAUGCCAAGGAAGAACAGACUCUUGACCUUCCAGAGGAGAUGCAGCUCGAUGGGGAAGGACUAGAGGACGCCGAGUCGGAUAUGAGCGAUGAUGGCAUGGAUGAGAUGUCCGACUUUGAGCCUGCUACUGAAGACAAGGUCGAGGAAAUGGCUGACGAUGAUGCCGAGCGCAGCGCAACCCCAGACCCGGGUGAUAUUGACAAUAUGGAAGAGGAUGAUCAGGAUGAAAUUGAUGCAGGGGAGCCAGAAGAUCAGCAAGAAGCCAAUAUUGCUGGCGAGGAAGAAACCGCCGAGGAAGAACCGGAGCAGAAAGAGAAUAAGAAUCUGGAAAAGGAUGAAAAUACUGCAACUGGUGAAAACCCCGAACAAAGUGACGAGAUUGCUGGUGGGAUUGGUCUGGAUGCAGACACCAAGGAAGAAAAGGGCUCGUCUGGCAACGCUCAACAAGAAGGAGGCGCUGAAGAAGCUGGCUCAGAAGAACAACCAAAUGGUGCUACAGAGGAGGGUGCAGACCGGAAGAAGGCUGAUAGCAGCGCUGGGGGAACAGGUGAAGACUCACAGGAUGAUCCACAGUCGGAAGCAUUCAAAAAACUGGGCGAUGUUCUCGAGGAAUGGCACCGUAGGCAGCAAGAGAUAAUGAAUUCGUCAAAGGACAAGGAGGAGCAAACUUUGCCGCCAGAUACUGAUAUGGCCGAUGCAGAGUUUGAGCAUCUGGCGGACGCAGAUGAUGCUGCAGAUACGCAGGCAUUAGGCCAGGCUAGCGAAGAACAAGCAGAGGCAUUGGAUCAACAAAAAGCCGUCGAGACCGAGAAGCCUAGUGGUACAGAUGAUGCCCCGCCUGACGUUAUAGAUGGCGGCAAGGAUAAUCAACUUGACGAAAACUUGCUAGAUGACGCAGCAAUGGAUCUUGAUGUAGCUGAAGCUGAUGCUAUAGAAGGUGCUCAACCUGCUAAGGGCACAUUGGUUGGUGAGACAGACAAGGAACGGGAUGGCGAGCAACCAACGGAAGAAGAAUUGGACGAAGUGGAUACGCAUCUAGCGGCAAUUCACCUAUCCUCAGCCAAUGCCCCCAAGACAUCAAUCGACGAGGCCCGAAAACUAUGGGCUCACUACGAAGCCGUCACCAACGAUCUUUCUCUCUCGCUUACCGAACAGCUCCGUCUUAUCCUCGCCCCUACGCUCGCCACCAAACUUCGGGGUGACUUCCGAACCGGCAAACGACUCAACAUCAAAAAGAUCAUUCCAUACAUCGCUUCCCAGUACAAGCGCGACAAGAUCUGGAUGCGUCGUUCAAUCCCCAGCAAACGCAACUAUCAAAUCAUGCUAGCCGUCGACGAUAGUAAAUCCAUGCUUGAAAGUGGAAGUGGCCAGCUUGCCUUUGAGACGCUGGCCCUCGUGGCCCGAAGUUUGAGUAUGUUGGAAGCAGGAGAUUUGUGCAUCGUCGGUUUCGGAGACGAAGAGCAUGUCCGGGUUGCGCACGAAUUCGGCAAGCCAUUCUCGUCAGAGGCGGGUACUCAAGUCUUCCAACAAUUCAGUUAUCAGCAAACUGGUACAAACGUACGCAAACUUGUUGCUGAUUCGAUUGCCCUCUUCCGUGAGGCGCGCGCAAGAAGAUCUGGUGGUGGCGGUAAUUCAGCGGACCUCUGGCAACUAGAACUCAUUAUUUCCGACGGUAUCUGCGAAGACCAUGAGACGAUUCGACGGCUCGUGCGACAGGCACAGGAAGAGCGGAUCAUGAUAGUAUUCAUCAUCGUUGAUGCGGCUUCGGGAAAUUCGAUUCUAGACUUGACACAAGCAAGCUUUGAGCCAGAUGACUCUGCGAUGGGCACAGGGGAGAUGAAACUCAAGAUGAAGAAAUAUUUAGAGGGAUUCCCGUUUGCCUAUUAUUUGGUGGUGAGGGAUGUGCGUGAGUUGCCGGCUGUUUUGGCGAUGGCAUUGAAGCAGUGGUUUGCAGAGGUUGUUGAUACAUCUUCAUAA